GAGGACCGACAAAGGCCAUGCAUAUUAAAACUGCAGGCAUACGUAUGCUUCAGGUCUUGACUUGACAAACUGAAAUCUGGAGUCAUCCAUCUGAGGGUUACUGGAUCUACCUGAUGAAUUCCUCAUCUCUGAACCUGAAUGUGUCCAGCAGCCUGAUUUACAGAGACUCUCCUGGCACUGCUUUGGUCAAAAAUGUGAUUAUCGUGGCCCUUGGCAUCACCAUCUACUAUGUCAAUGGGACAAUGAUUCAUACCUUCAGAAAACACCAGAUAUUUUACAUGAACCCUCGCUACGUCCUCUUCAUCCAUCUGGUGGUGAACGAUAUGAUCCAGCUGACUGCAACAAUCAGCUUGUUUGUCUUUAGCUAUGUCUUCUACAAAAUUAAUGCCUCCCUUUGUUGCUUUAUUGUGACCUUUGCUGUUUUCACCACUGUCAACACACCAUUAAACUUAGCUCUGAUGGCGGUGGAGUGCUACGUCGCCGUUUGUUUCCCACUGCGACACGCUGAACUCUGCACCGUCAGACGAACAUACUUUCUCAUCGGCUGCAUUUGGGUUUUGAGCGCAACAUCAGUUCUGCCAGACAUUAUUAUCAUCCUGGCAACAGAGCCUCUUUGGUUAUUUUACGCCACAAUAUUUUGCGACAGAGACACUCUAUUCCGACACCCUAUAAGUAUACAAAAGAGGGAUGUUUCUCACAUCGUUUUUUUAUCUCUAGUCUGGCUCACAAUCUUCUUUACCUAUUUAAGGAUCUACUUUGCUGCUCAUUCGGCUGAAGGAAAGGCAAAAAGAGCCAGGAACACCAUUAUGCUUCAUGGCUUCCAGUUAAUUUUGUCUAUGCUAACUUAUGUAGCUCCUUUGGCAACAAGGUUCCUGAUAUUCUUGUUCCCUAAAUACAAUGUUCAUAUCCUAUUUGUUUGGUACAUAUUGGUCCAGAUUCUGCCCAGAUUUGUGAGUCCUGUUGUGUACGGGCUGCGAGACAAUACAUUUAAACAGUAUUUGAGGAAGUAUCUGCUGCCCACCAUCAUAUCAGCCAACAAAAUACACCCUUGA